AUGGUUGUAGGUCUUUAUGACUCGGAGUGUCCCGGGAAUUUCUACGGAUCAGACUGCAGUCUAAGCUGUGGAAAAUGUGGCGGGAACGGAACGUGCUACAAAACAAACGGAAUCUGUAAAAAUGGUUGCCUAUCUGGGUACGCAGGUCUCUCGUGCCAAGACAAAUGCCCGGGUACAUGAUGAGGAGACGGGAGCUGUUCACCAACUACUUUGUUCUGUCGGGACGGGUGUAAAGCUGGGUACACGGGCCUGCUUUGCGGCUCGGAUGAUUCGAACACGACGAGUAUGAAAGAGUGUUCGAACUGUCUACAACCCUGUGGUUCUAACGGGUGUAUUUACGGCUGUGUGACCGGGUUUAAUGGCUUGUACUGCAGCUUGAAAUGUGUUUGUCUGGUAGGAGUUCCUUGUCAACAAAACAGUGGGAGUUGUAUCACCCAAAGAGAGAAUUCCACUCCCACUGCGGCACCUGAUGUCAUAGUGACAACGUUAUCAAACAAAGCCACCAGGGCUAUCCAACAUACGAAGACCCGAUCAUGA